AGUUAGCGGCCGUAACCGGUAGGCGGUAGCAUAUUAUUAUUUAUACAGCACCCCCCAUUGAGGUUGGUCAAAGACAGAAAUUUUGCAGCAAGAAAGCGGAGGAGAAAGUAUCUGAAGCCACGAUGGGAUCCUUUCUUUCUUCUCCUGCACCCUCCUCCGAAGGGCAACACCAAUCAGAUGCCAUCCUUUUCAUUCAUAGUGUAGCCGAUUGGAAAUCCCACUUCGACUCUGUUAAAGCAUCAAACAAGCUGCUGGUCGUUGAUUUUAGCGCUUCCUGGUGUGGGCCAUGUCGAUUCAUUGAGCCGGCUGUCCACGAGUUUGCACAAAAGUACACCAAUGUCUCAUUUGUGAAGAUUGAUGUGGAUGAGCUGCAGAGUGUUGCUAGUGAAUUGGGGAUUCAGGCAAUGCCUACUUUUCUUCUUUUCAAGGGAGGAAAUCAAGUCGACAAGGUUGUUGGUGCCAAGAAAGAUGAACUAGAGAAGAAAAUCCUAAGCCACAUGGGUUGACUCAACUCGAAUUCAUCUAUAUGAUGAGGGGAGUGUGUUGAUCAUAUAUGGCUUUAAUACUGUGAUCUUGAUGCUGUUUUUAUGGUUGUAUUUGCGACUUAGGAGACAACUCGACCUUCUUUCCCAUUGGAGAAAAGAAAAAAAAAUGAAAAACAUCCCAAUGCUUUAUAUUGGCUUUGGUUAUCAAACUACAGAUUGUUUGCUGCUUCUUGUCUUUACCUUGGAGUUCAGAACUAAAUAAAAUGAGUUGAGUUUCUGUUUC